AUGAGGAGCUUCGUCUUGAGCACAGCUUUAUUUCUCUCCAGCCUCAGCUGGAUCUCUGUCUCAGGUUCUGAGUUUCAGACUGUGGAGGUCCAACUUGGUGAAGAAGUCACGUUGAAGUGCUCCAACAUUUCGAGUCAUCCAACACAGACAGACUGGUUCAAAGUUAUCAACAGAACUAAGCCCAGCUGUGUUGCUGCUAUGUAUGGAUCUCAGGGCAAAGCUUCAUUCUGUGAUGGAUUUCGAAAUGGAAAAUUCAAUAUGAGUUCCAACAACACCUCUGUGUUUCUUAAAAUCACACAAGUGGAUUUAUCUGAUGUCGGGCUGUAUUUCUGUGGAUUUUACAUGAAUAAGCAUACGGUCAUUUCCAAUGCAGUCGAGUUAAGUAUUCAAGGCGAUGAAACCAAUGAAGGAGAGGAUUUUAAGACUGAAAAAGAGCCUGGUAGUACACAUGUGAUGAGCAUCGUCCUGAGUGGUGUGACUGGUUUACUCACUGUGGUGGUCAUUUUUCUGCUUCUAAAAAUCUGGAAACUUCAAACAGAACCUAAACCAGAGAGCAAGAAGGCUGGCUGUCUGUCUCUGGUUCUGAAUUUCAGACUGUGGAGGUCCAGUCUGGUGAAGAAGUCACACUGCAGUGCUCCAACAUUUCCAGAAGUUCAACGCAUACAGAGUGGUUCAGAGUGGUCAACAGAGCUACGUUGA